UUUUUUUUUAUAUAUAUCUUUUGAACUACUUUUCUUUGUUUCCCUUUUUUUUUUUUUCUUUGUUUUUUUCUUUGUUUUUUUUUCUUUCUUUUAUAUAUCUAUUCUCAUGCCACGUCACGCAGUUUCCGAGGCUAAACUUCGAAAACUACUUGAACUAAACGAUAAAUUAAAAGAACAACUAGAGAUCUCUCGUAUCCCUAUUUCUGAAGCAAGUCGCUCUCUAAUUGAUUUUUGUAAAACAAACCAAGAUAUGAUGGUACCAUCCGUUUGGGGAAAUCGAAAUCCUGAUCCUUUUGCUGAACCUACUGCUGGAUGCGGUUGUGUUCUCAUGUAGCAGUUUUUAUAUGUAUAUUAAAAAUUUUUUAUUGUUUUUUUUUUACUUUGUUGAUCAUUUUUUUAGAAAACUUAUACCAUGGAAACUACUACUUAAUAUCCCUUUUACACCCCCCCUCUUCCUUCCCCCCCUCUUUUUACAUUUGUCGUACAAUCAUAAUAAUAAAAAAAAAAGGGCAGUUAUAAAAGAACAUCUUUUUCUCUUUUUGACGUCUUGUCAUCCCCAUUGUUAUAAGGGGCGGAGGAACAAUAAAAGGAUGAAACAAUGAUGCCAGUGUAUGUGCGUC